AUGAAGUGCCACUAUGAUGUACUUUGUGUAUCGAAGGAAGCGAGCUCUUCCGAAAUAAAGAAAGCAUAUCGCCGGCUUGCACUGCAAUGGCAUCCUGAUAAAAACUUAGACAACUUACAAGAAGCCAAGGAACAAUUUCAGCUAGUUCAAAAUGCUUACGAAGUGCUCUCUGAUCCGCAAGAAAGAGCCUGGUAUGAUAAUCAUAGAGAGCAGCUAUUGAGAGGAGCUGGAAGUUCAUACAAUGAUGACAGUCUUGAUGUUUACCCAUACUUUACUCCGUCCUGCUACAAAGGCUUUGGUGACGAUCCACAAGGCUUCUAUGGAGUUUAUUCUGAGGUAUUUUCUAAACUAGCAGCUGAAGAAACAGACUUCCUUGAUGACCCAGAAGAUGUUGCCAAAAUUCCGAAAUUUGGUAAUUCCAGCACUCCUUAUGAAGAGGUGCAUGAGUUUUAUGCAUAUUGGAUGGCAUUUUCUACAAACAAAAGCUUUGUAUGGUUAGACCAAUAUGAAAUAUCGCAAGGCGAUAACAGAAGAGUUAUCAAAUUAAUGGAGAAAGAAAAUAACAAAAUCAGGCAAAAGGCUAGAAAAGAGAGAAACGAAGAAAUUAGGAGACUUGUGAGUUUUGUUCGCAGGAAAGACAAAAGGGUAAUAGAACAUACAAAACUACUGCAAGAAAAAGCAGAGGAAAACAAGAAGAAGGCAGAACAAGUAAGAAGAGAAAGGAUACUUCAAAGGCAAAAAGAAAUAGAAGAGGCAAAGAAAAAGGAAGGGGAGAGCUCAUUCUUGCAAAGUGAGGAUUAUCAAAAGAAACUGAGUGAAAUUGAAUCUCUUUUGGCUGAGGAGUUUGGCUUGUCCUCUGAUGAUGAUACUAUUAGUGAAGGCGGAAUGGAAAGUAGCAACGAAGAGAGCUCCAAGACUGAAGAUAAUCUAUAUUGUUCAGCCUGUAACAAACUAUUUAAAAAUGUCAAUUCGUUUGAAAAUCAUGAAAAUAGUAAAAAACACAAAGAAAAUGUAGCUAACAUGACAUUAGAAAAUGAUAUUGAUAUAUCAGAUUCAGUUGAUAAUGAUGAUGUGGAUAAUGGACCUAGCAAUGAACAGCAAGGUAGUGAAAAAGUUAAUGGACAAACAGAAGAAGAAGGAGAACAUGCCGAUAAUUUAACAUCAGAUAUUGAAGACAAUGAUGUAAGAGAAACAUUGAGUGAUGAUUCCGAUAAAAUUCAGGCUUUACCUAAAAGUCACAAGAAAAAGAAAAAUAAAAAGAAGUCAUUCAUUCCAAUGCCUGAAAGUGAAGGAAAUGAUAGUCAUGAUGAAAUGAGCUUCAACGAAAUAGAGGGUCCAUCUAGAAGCAGGAAGGCAAAAAAAUUUAACAUGCUUAAAAGUCAAAUACAGGCAAAGAAAGAAGCAAACCUCAAGAAAGGAUCUCAAUCACAAACUUCAACAGAAAAUUUGUACGAGGUAUCAAGCACAACACCCACUGAUGAUGCAUUAGGUGAAGCAGCUCUACCAAGGGAUAGGCCAGCUCUACCCAAAAUGCAAAGGAAUAUUAAGCCAAAAAAGUUAGCAGACAGAAAACCAGUAAGAACUAAAACUAGUGAAACUGAAGAUUCAAGCACGGCCUUAAAUCUUAGAUGUGCUGUGUGUCAAACAGAUUUUCCUUCAAAAAAUAAAUUAUUUGAGCACUUAAAAAAGACAGGUCACUCUGUACCCCUCCCUCAGACUAGCUUCACUCAAUCUAAGAAAGGUAAGAGAGCCAAUAGAUAA